CUGCCGGGUGGAGGCUGCAGGGCGGUCCCCGCACAACCGCUCGCGACCCUCCUGCUGCGGAGUUAGGGGAUCCAGUUGGGGAGGAGAGGCUAGGGGAGCCUCUGCCCUGCAGGCCUGGUGAGCAGCAGACUUUGGGGGACACGACGGGGUUGAGGAGGGCUCAGAGUUGUAGCCGUGGACAGGUGGUGUUCGUUCUCCUCCAGGUCAGGCCUGCAAGGAGGUUUUCUGCAGGAGUCCUGAUUUCAAAUGUAUUCCUAAGGAAUGGUGUCCUGUGGAAGCUCUUAACGGGCCUCAAGCUACGCUAGUCUCAUCUGCUUUCCAGUCCCCAGCCCUCAGAUGGUGAUGGGCUGGAACAGGCUGGUAGUAACAUGCAGGCAGGAUCUCUUAACCAUCCCUAAAAGUAAGACUGCUAACUCUGCCUUGACUCUGUUCUGCCCCUGGCUGCAGCAGCCCUGGAUAAAUGUCUUUGUGGCUCUAGCAUUCGACUCCAAACAGUUGGCUCACUCCUGGAGAAAUAAAGGCUGUUGCCAGGUUGGCUCUCCUGUCUGUAGCAAUGUUCUCCCCGAGCAAGAGGACAGCCAAUUCUUCCCGUGCCCAGGUCCUUCUAACGUGGAAACCAGACAAGGCUCAGGGUGGACCCCGAAAUGCUGAGAAGGAAAUCCUCGCCGCAAGACUCUUGCGUGACACUGAGACCUGUCGGCAGAACUUUAGGAACUUUCCCUACCCAGACCUGGCUGGUCCUCGGAAGGCAUUGAAUCAGCUCCGAGAGCUCUGCCUUAAGUGGCUAAGACCCGAGAUUCACUCUAAGGAACAGAUCCUGGAGCUGCUGAUUCUGGAACAGUUCCUGACCAUCCUGCCUGGGGAGGUUAGGACUUGGGUGAAGUCUCAGUACCCAAGGAGCAGCGAGGAGGUGGUGACUCUGGUGGAGGAUUUGACUCAGAUUCUAGAGGAGGAAGCUGCUUCUCAGAACUCUGCCCUUUCUCAAGAAACCCCAGAGGAAGACUCCAAAGGAAGACAAGCUUUCCAGGCAGGGUGGCUAAAUGACUUGGUGACCAAAGAAUCCAUGACAUUCAAAGACGUGGCUGUGGACAUCACCCAGGAGGACUGGGAGCUCAUGCGUCCUGUGCAGAAGGAGUUGUACAAGACUGUGACGCUGCAGAACUACUGGAACAUGGUUUCUCUGGGACUUACAGUGUACAGACCAACUGUGAUUCCCAUAUUGGAAGAGCCGUGGAUGGUGAUCAAAGAAAUUUUAGAAGGCCCUAGUCCAGAAUGGGAAACAGAAGCCCAAGAGGGUCCUCCAGCAGAAAAUAUUUCUAAACUCACAAAGGAUGAAACCAAGCCCAUCAAGCUGGAAGAACCCUAUGAUUAUGAGAACACAAUGGAGGGACAGGCAACAGGGACCUUCAGGAGGAUUCCCACCAAGAGAGAUUUCAAUUUGAAGUCAGUCCUUUCACAAGAAGAUGAUCCUACAGAAGAGUAUUUUAGUAAAUACAGUAUAUAUACAAGUAAUUUUGAAAAGCAUCCAAACCUAAUUAUACAGUUUGGUACCCAGUCGGAUGAUAAAACUUUUGUGUACGAUGAAAGGGCAGCCUUCAAUCAUGUCUCCUAUGGGAUCGUACACAGAAAAAUAUAUCCUGGAGAAAAGCCUUAUAAGUGUAACGUGUGUGGAAAGAAGUUUAGGAAAUACCCAUCCCUCAUUAAGCACCAAAGCAGCCAUGCCAAAGAGAAGUCUUAUGAAUGUGAAGAGUGUGGGAAAGAGUUUAGACACGUCUCAUCCCUCAUUGCACAUCAGAGGAUGCACACGGGAGAGAAGCCGUACGAGUGCCACCAGUGUGGGAAAGCCUUCAGCCAGCGUGCACACCUCACCAUCCACCAGAGGAUCCACACGGGAGAGAAGCCCUACAGGUGUGAUGACUGUGGGAAGGACUUCAGCCAGCGUGCCCACCUCACCAUCCAUCAGAGGACACACACCGGCGAGAAACCCUACAGGUGCUUGGAGUGUGGAAAAACCUUCAGCCACAGCUCAUCGCUGAUUAACCACCAGAGAGUCCACACUGGAGAAAAACCUUACAUAUGCAAUGAAUGUGGAAAAACAUUCAGUCAGAGCACACACCUCCUUCAACAUCAAAAGAUACACACGGGAAAGAAACCAUAUAAAUGCAAUGAGUGUUGGAAGGUGUUUAGUCAGAGUACUUACCUGAUUCGACAUCAGAGGAUUCAUUCUGGAGAGAAGUGUUACAAAUGCAAUGAGUGUGGGAAAGCCUUUGCUCAUUCCUCAACUCUUAUUCAGCAUCAGACUACUCACACUGGAGAGAAGUCCUAUAUAUGCAAUAUAUGUGGGAAAGCCUUCAGCCAGAGUGCAAACCUCACCCAACAUCAUAGAACACACACUGGAGAGAAACCCUAUAAGUGCAGUGUGUGUGGGAAAGCCUUCAGCCAGAGUGUACACCUUACUCAGCAUCAGAGGAUCCAUAAUGGAGAAAAACCCUUUAAAUGCAAUAUAUGUGGGAAAGCGUAUAGGCAGGGUGCAAACCUUACUCAACAUCAGAGGAUUCACACCGGAGAGAAGCCCUAUAAAUGCAAUGAAUGCGGGAAAGCAUUUAUUUAUUCCUCAUCACUUAACCAACAUCAGAGGACUCAUACUGGAGAAAGACCCUAUAAAUGUAACGAAUGUGACAAAGAUUUUAGCCAGAGAACAUGCCUUAUUCAACACCAGAGAAUUCACACGGGAGAGAAGCCCUACGCAUGCCGUGUAUGUGGUAAAACCUUCACCCAGAGUACAAACCUCAUUCAGCAUCAGCGUGUCCAUACAGGUGGCAGACACCGUAAUUAAUGCACACAGGAGACUCCAUUUAGGUUUUAAACCUUAAAUUUUCUUUUGUAUUCUGUGUGUUUAAAACAUUACUCAAAAGAGGUGCAAUAUAGGUUAGCUAUCACUCAGCAGAAGCAUCAGAAUUAGUAAUGUGGGUAUAACCUAUUUAAAUUUAUUGUGAAAUUUAAGAAGAAAACAUUCACUUCCUAACCUUUAUUUGAUACCAGUUCGGUUCAUUCCAGAAGGAAAGCUUAGGAAAGUAAGAGUACUCAAAAACUUGUGACUCAACUCUGUGCUUGAAGUACUUCUUAAUGAGGCCUUAUGUGUGUAACUUGGGAAAGUGUCCAUCCAGCAGAGAUUUCACACCAGGAGUAAUCCCAGGGCAACAGGAAAGAAAAAGCUGCUUUCAAGCCUUUGGUUCUUCCCAGCUUUGAAGCCUUAAAUAUUGAAAGGGUCCCCUCCCCCCUUUUUACUUCCCUUUUCUAUUAUGCCAUAACCACCAUGUGGAGCCAGUAGGUUAAAAAAAAAAAAAUAGAUCAGAGUAUCUUAAAGGUU